CAUCGCUGUGUAACAGCCUACUACCAGUCCCGUCAUAGACAAUCUCGCAACCAGGGCAUGAGUCUGGAGCGAGCGUGCAGCGCUCGAGAAGAGAACCGGAGAAUGUGAGAGCAGCGCGCAAAACCACUUCUCCACAACCGACUUUCAUAGAAUUCCUAGAAAUGUGCUUCUCGUAGAUUGCCCAGCGCCAAUAAAGGGGCGAUAUCUGCUCCAGUAACUCAUAGGAAAAUGAAACGCCUUUCCCGAAAGCUCACUUUGGCAUUGGUGGUGCUUUGUUGGAUUGCUGCACUACUGUAUUUGAUACUCUUAAGUAGGCAGAAAGUAUCGGACCUGGGGACUAAAGAUGCACAGUACGGAAAGAUCUCAGAGGCAGAAUGGGACGACCUCCUGGAAGAGUUUGAAGAGAAGAACUACCUCAACGCCAGGCGAUGGAAACCAGGCCAGGACCCGUACAAACUGUAUGCCUUCAACCAGAGAGAGAGUGAGAGGAUACCCAGCAACAGAGUUCUCAGAGACACACGUCAUUACAGGUGCACCACGCUACAUUAUGACCCAGAUCUGCCCUCCACCUCCAUUGUCAUCACCUUCCACAACGAGGCCCGCUCUACUCUGCUACGCACCAUCAGGAGUGUGCUGAACCGGACGCCAGUCCACCUGAUUCACGAGAUCAUCCUGGUAGAUGACUACAGUGAGGAUGCAAACGACUGCCUUCUACUCACCAAGUUGCCCAAAGUAAAGUGUCUUCAGAAUGACAGGAGAGAAGUCUGCUGGCCCCACUUGCUUCAAGAUGUCCACCAUUGUUCCUGUACCCAAGGAAGCAAAGGUCUGAUCCGCUCCAGGGUUCGUGGGGCGGACGCAGCUAAGGCCGGGGUCCUGACCUUCCUGGACAGUCACUGUGAGGUCAACAAAGACUGGCUGCCUCCGCUGCUCCAGAGGAUUAAAGAGGACCCCACCUGUGUGGUGAGCCCAGUGAUCGACAUCAUUAACAUGGAUACAUUCGCUUACGUAGCAGCCUCCUCUGACCUCCGUGGAGGCUUCGACUGGAGUCUACAUUUCAAGUGGGAGCAGUUGUCUGCUGAACAGAAAGCCAGGAGAGCUGACCCCACCGAACCCAUUAAGACGCCUAUCAUCGCCGGAGGGCUGUUUGUGAUUGACAAGUCGUGGUUCAACCACCUGGGGAAGUAUGACACAGCCAUGGACAUCUGGGGCGGGGAGAACUUUGAGAUCUCGUUCCGGGUGUGGAUGUGUGGAGGGAGCCUAGAGAUUAUCCCCUGCAGCAGGGUCGGCCACGUCUUUCGCAAGAAACACCCCUACAUCUUCCCCGAGGGCAACGCCAACACAUACAUCAAGAACACCAGGCGCACGGCGGAGGUGUGGAUGGACGAGUUCAGGCUCUUCUACUACUCGGCUCGCCCUGCAGCACGGGGAAAGUCCUACGGAGACAUUCAUGGCAGGGAAGAGCUCCGCAAGAUUCUCAAGUGUAAAUCCUUCAAGUGGUAUCUGGACAACGUCUACCCAGAGCUCAAAGUGCCGGAUGAUUCGGACUCUAAGUCGGGGGUGAUUCGCCAAAGACAGAAUUGUCUAGAGUCGCGGAAGCUGGAGGGACAGGAACUCCCCUCUCUCACACUGGCACCCUGCAUCGGGACCAAAUCUGUGCCAGCACUCAACCAGGAGUGGAUCUACACCCACGGACAGCAGAUCCGCCAGCAACAGCACUGCCUCUCCCUCUCUACCACCUUCCCUGCCUCCCAGGUCAUGCUCAUGCCCUGCAACAUCGGCGACGGGAAACAACGAUGGCAGAAGUCAGGCACCCAUCUGGAGCACCUGGCCUCCCACUUCUGCAUGGACAGUGAGAUGGCCCUGGACGGCAUCGAGAGCAGCAAGAUGCUGGUGAUCAGCCCCUGUGAACUGACAGCCUACACCCAGAGAUGGGAGAUGCCCUUCUCCUGAUCCACCCACAACCCAAUCCUUCCUGUAGAGGAGGACUACCCUAUGAGCAAUCACAAACUUCUGCAUUGCUUACUAUAGCCAAGGGCUUUUAGAAAGAGAGAGAGUGAUGGAGAGGGAAAUGAGAGAGGAGGUGGAUACCAGAGUAAAGGGUGUUUUAGGUCACUGAGAUAAGUCUUUAUAAGAUGGCAGGGACUUGGACUGAUGUCAGCACAUUCAAGUGUUCAACAAGACAUUCAGCAGGGCUGAAGUCAUUUAUUGUGGGCUAAUAUAGAUGAAAAUACAGGGGACACCAUUUUUCAUUGCUGUUUUCAUUGAAACUCGUGGUCUGUUAAAACUAUUCUUCUAACUGCUGCUUCAAGUGUAUAAGUUCUGAUUUAGACUUCAACCUGUCUUCGUAAUGACAUUUCAAUGGGAUGGGAUGCAGCUAUGAUGGAAUUUGUGUCAGCAAAUUUAAUGCACAUGUCAAAUGGCGAUAUUUUAAUAUCCUAUGAUUCCCAUUUAUUUUUAAUUGAAAUGGAGAUGACCUUUACACAAAAUGUCUAUGAUCCUGAAGAAGAAAAACAAACACACACACGUCUAUGAUCCUGAAACACAAACACACUGUAAUAGCCAGUGCUGCAAUGUCAAAAAAGAAAUAAAAGAAAUACAGAAAAG